CUUUUUAGAUGUGCAUAAUCCCCGAGUUGACCCAGAAAAUAGGCAGUCGCUUCAAGAUCUGAUGCUGCAGUCUUUGUGCGCACCUCACCCGGCAAUGACGCGCGGCCCCGCGGACUACAAGUACUGAGCGUCCCCUCCUUCCUACCUCCCUCCUUCCCUCCCUCUCCUUGCUCAACGCAGCGGACCACCGAACCGGACCGAGCCUUGAGCGGAGUAACUUUUUGUUUUUUUUGUUUUUCCUCCUCCGGUGGAGCUGAACACGGAGGCAUGGCAGACCACCUCAUGAUGCCCAUGAACCACGGUUCAGCCGGCGCCAGUCUCCACGGUUACCGGAUGGGCAUGAACGGCCUGCAGGCGGGCCACCCGCCGCACGGUCAGCAGACGUCGGCCAUGAGGGCCAUGCCCGGCAGUCAGAUGAUGCACUACGGAGGCGCCCAGGCCGGCAUGGAGAUGCGCCAGCGGCAGGGCAUGGUGCCCCCCGGCGGGCCCAUGGGCGGACAGAUGAACGGUGCCCAAAUGGGCCACCACCACCAGAUGAUGUACAACGGGCAGCAGCAUCACAUGCACCAAGCCCAACAACAACAGCAGCAGCACCAGGUCCAACAGCAGCAACAUCAAGCCCAACAGAGCCAGUUCAUGAAUGGAGGCCUAACAUCUCAGCAGCUCAUGGCCAGCAUGCAGCUCCAAAAACUCAACACGCAGUAUCACGGACACCCGCUGGGCCCCAUGGGUGGCGGCGGAGGGGGCGGCGUGGGCCACAUGGGCGGCCCCGCCAACCAGUACCGCAUGAACCCAGCACAGCUAGCUAACAUGCAACACAUGGCGGGCCCGGCGCUGGCGCUGAACGGCAUGGAUGCGGACAUGAUUGACGAGGAAACGCUCACAUCGCUGGUCGUGGAGCUGGGCCUGGACCGGGUCCAGGAGCUGCCUGAACUCUUUCUGGGCCAGAACGAGUUUGACUUCAUUUCGGACUUUGUUAGCAAACAGCAGCCCAGCACGGUUAGUUGCUGAGAGGACCCCACCUCUCCGAAAAAGAAUCCCAAAUGGCCCACCCAGCCAGGACCAAUGGGACAAAUCCAUGGAUGGUGUGCUGAUCUCUUUUUUUAGGACCACCAAGUUGAGGAGUCAUAGCGCCGGGUGCGUGUAAGGAGAACUCUGGCAUUCCUCGUGGUCUACAGGUUGGGGGUGGGGGCUCGACUGGCCUUUGGAGGCCUCUUUUCUCCUCUCCUCUUCUUGGACAUGAAUGUAAAAAAAAAAAAAAAAAGUCACAAAGCCACUCAGAACAAUGACACUGUGUCUCCUCCGAGGUGUAUUUAUUUAUAAUCGGACAUAGAGAACUACCACCUACUGGGGCCAAGUGAUUUUUCAUGAUUUUACUUUAAUUUUAAAGUUCCCUUCCUCAUCUUCCAGCUUGUUAUUAAAGAAAAGCUCAGAAGGUCCAAAAAGGAGCCUUAAUUCUACAAGGCGCUGUCCACUUUUUGAUUUUUUUUUUUUUUUUUCUUUUUUUUUUUUAGAUGUGCUGUUCUCAAAAAUCAAUUGCUUGUACUGUAUGAAGCUGUAUAACUCCAACAUGUCCACACUGUUUUGUGUUCUCAUGGAGACGUAGAACCGCCUUAAUCACGCUGUUUCUUAUUUAUUAUUAUUGGUUGUUUAUAGUCCCUUUUUUUGGUGGAUGAGAUUUUAAAAGGCGGGAGGGACGUUCUUUGUGAAAGGUUUCGAGGAUCAAUAAAGAUGGCCUGGAUAGAAAUGUGGCCUGCUUUUCCAUUCAUUGCAUAGCCUCUCACACCCCCAUCUACCAACCACCUGCCGUCGCCCUCCCCUGGGCCGGGGCUAAAUGCUGAGGUUUAACCUGCAGGUGAAGGGAAAGCUCGCUUUCUUCUGCCAUGGAAAUGUGAUACAAUAUUUAUACGCUUGACGUGUACGCUCCAAGUUGUGUAAUUGUUCAACAUAACCGGAAGAAGCCACGAGGAAACGUAGUUUUACUGAUGUGGCUUUUUGUCUGUUUGUUUACAGAUUUUAAUGGGUUAAACUUCCUAAAAUGGUGUUCUCAGUACUAGGGGUGUGACAAAAUAUUGAAA